UUAACUUCCGGAGAAGAUGACAGUUACUAGGGUAACGUCAACAUCAUCUCGAGUUGCUGACUUUCCAGCUAACACAAACUAGCGUUUUAACUUUGAGCUUUACCGUUGGUUGACAUUUUCCUCUCAAGUAAACUAGCUUACUGAACAGCUGUUUCGGUUGGAAAUUAGAGACAUUUACUGCCAACGCAAACGACGUACAAGGUUUAAGGCAUCAUGGCGAGUCAGCGGCCUCCCUCCAGCAUUGGCCGCCCAUCGAGCCGCAGUGGAUCUGCGGUCCCCAUUGCUGGAAGACUACCAACGGCCGUCCGACCUCCUCCUACAGCUAUCCGUGUUGCAACUGGGAUGGUUCCCGGUACAAGUGGUCAUCCUGGCAUGAGGGGCGGCCCCAUCGCCACCCCUGGAGUCCUGUCUGCACAGAUCAAAGUGACUGACAGGCCUGUGACCCAACAGGGGCUCAGUGGUAUGAAGACUGGCAUGAAAGGACCUCAGAGACAGAUUCUGGAUAAGUCCUACUACCUGGGUCUUCUUAGGAGUAAAAUCAACGAGUUAACCACAGAGACCAGCAAACUGCACAAAGAGAUCGACAACUACAACCAGGAGAAUUCUGUGUAUCUCUCUUACGAGAAGAGAGCCGAAGGUCUGGCUGCAGAGAUCAAGGAUCUUCAAGGCCACCUUGCUGACUUCAACAUGCUGGUGGACAAGCUCAACACCAACACAGAGAUGGAGGAAAUGAUUAACGACUACAACAUUUUGAAGGCCCACAAUGACAGCGAGGCUGAAAGCAUUGACAGCAUCUUCACUGAGAGGAGAGAAAGAGAGGAGGCCAUCAGGGCGAUUGAAGAAGAGAUCAGGAGGGAAAGGCGGGUCGCCGACGAGAUCGUCCAGGCAAUGCCAGCCGCAAAGCAAGAAAAGUAUUUCACCAUGACAACAGCCAAUGAGGAACUGUUACAGGAGCUGACGGUUCUCCAGGAGGAGCUGGACAUUCUGAUAACCAGGAAGGAGGACUACCACGCUGAGCUGGCCCACUCGCACAUAAAGCAGGAAGUGGUUCGGCUUCAUGAGACUCUGUUGGCGCUGAAGGCAAAGCGUGACGCCAUGGAGGCUGAGCACAAGAGCUCCCCACAGGAGGAGAGAGAGCAAUUAUUCAAACAGGUGAAGGAGGACAACCAGGAAAUUGCCAGCAUGGAGAGACAGCUUACAGAGAUCAGAGACAGGAUGGGACAAAUCACAGAGGAGAUCCGACAGCUGGAGCAGGACUCAGAGGAAGCUCAGGGAGAGUGUCAGCAGAAAUACAAAGAGCUGAAGAAGAAAGAGGAGGAAAUUGACCGAUACCUGGAGUCAUUUGAGGAGUCCAGGGCUCAGGAGCAGGAAAAGAUGACACAGAGCCAGGAGAACAUCGUCUCCCUCCUGGAACACUGCAGCAGAAACAUGUUGCGGCUACAUCAGGUGGACACAGUGACAGCCAGUGAGCUGAGGGACAUGCAGGAGGUGCUGGUCAGCAAGGAGACGGAGGUGGUCCAAUCAGAGAGCACUGCCAAAGGACUCACAACUGAGUCCCAGCGUCUGCAGCAGGACCUGGAGAAGGUGCAGCAGCUGGAGGGGAAGAUCACAGGUGAGCUCAGCACCCUGAAGGAGCGUGUCGGCACCAUGGAGUCUGAGCUGCUCACCUACCGAGACCUGGACACCCUGAGGCACACGGGGGAGGAGAAGAAAAAGAGACUACAGGAGGACCGCGUAUCACUGACUCAGCGUCGGGAUUCAUUCAAACAGCUGUUGGACGAAAUGAACCAGAAAUACGAAACUCUGAAGACCAAACUGCAAGAAAACGAGACUCACGCUCAGCGUCAGUCAUCGCCUCUAAAUCUCAGGAGAGUGACUACGCCUCGGUCGCCAAGAACGUCUCCCAACAUGUGGCGGAGUACAACAAGAGUCUCAUCAACUCCCUGCAGAACAACAGGAGUUAAACACGCAUCAACAGGCGCAUCCAAAAACGUUUCAGUUAAUGUCAUGAUGAAGUGGUCAGCUCAUGGAAUAGUUUCACACUGAUGCUCAGUUAUCGCUUAACAAAGAGUUCAUACGUAACAAUGUUUCAGUAUAACUCCAUAGAAAAGGACAGCUUUUCCAAAGUUUUUUAAAUAUUCAUUUCAUAAAGUUUGUGAUGAAAGUGGCAAUGUUUUCAUUUAGUCUAGCUGCUUACUGUCUUAAAAUACCGAGUAAUACGUUUGAAAGUAUGUAUCUACUAUUUUUCUAUUUAAAUGUGUUGGAUAUUCUUCUGCAUUCCAUGUCACUACUGACCAAAGUCUGACCAUUUGAAUAAAGAGGUUUUUCAUUUUU